CGCGGACAUGUUUCUUCACCAGUGAUGCUGUGUGGUUAGCAGAUGUGUGAUUUACACGUUUUCCCACUUAGCCGCUGUAUUACUAAUGCAAUACCGGUGAUUACUGAUAGAUUGGACAUUUGGGGAUGCCUAACGCCAAUGCACGACCAAAGCAUGGAAGAAGGCCCCGAAGGCGACGCCGAGAGGACCCCGCCAGGAAUGAGCUGGUCUCCAGUUCCCUGGAAAGUGCCCAGCAGUGCCUGUUCAACCAAGAUUACGGAACUGCGUUUGUGCACUACCUCCUUGUCCUCAACCUUGCACCUGCAUUUAAGGACUUUGCUAAGGAGUCUUUCAGGUUCACUCUCUUUAAAUGGACAGAAGAGCUGGACUCCGUGGGACGCAUUCAGGACCUCUUUGACUGUUAUGAACAAGCGCUGGAACUGUUUCCUGCUGAUGAGGUUAUCCUAAAUAGCAUGGGGGAACACCUCUUCAGGAUGGGCUUCAGGGACGAAGCGGCGGGUCAUUUCCAUAAAGCAUUGAAGCUGAGACCUGACUUCCCGGAGGCCAGGGAGAACUUCCACCGUGUGGCCAACUGGCUGGUGGAGCGCUGGCAUUUUUUAAUGCUCAAUGACCAUGGGAGGAACCAGAAGUACCAGCAAGCCAUUCAGAAAGCUGUUCAGAGCGGCUGCAACACUGUACUUGACAUAGGUACUGGCACUGGGAUCCUUGGUAUGUGUGCUAAGAAGGCUGGGGCGGCUGAGGUGUACGCCUGUGAACUGUCAAAGACCAUGUAUGAACUGGCCUGUGAGGUGUUGGCAGCUAAUGGAAUGGAUGGAAGCAUCAAAAUCAUCCAUAUGAAAUCUCUAGAGAUGGAAGUACCAAAGGACAUCCCACAGAGGGUGUCCCUGGUGGUGACAGAGACGGUGGAUGCAGGAUUGUUUGGGGAGGGAAUCAUCGAGAGUCUUAUUCAUGCCUGGCAUCACCUCCUGCUACCUCCACAGAACGGUGAGAAUGAGUUCCAGGAGCCGUCAGCAACAGGACGGGUCAUCCCAGCUGGAGCCACAGUGUUUGGAAUGGCUGUUGAGAGCCUCGAGAUCCGCCGGCAUCACAGAUUUUGUGUGUCAGAAUUGGGAGGUAUAUCCAUGGCUGCAGCAGGGGAACUCCGCAGCCCGGUGAGCUGUAGCGCUGAGCCCGAUGAGUCCAUGGAGCCGUACACCACAGAGAGACUCAGCAGACUGCCAAGAGGAUACAAAGCUCUCACAGAGCCAUUCACUGCGCUCCACAUCGAUUUCAACAACGUGCAGGAACUGGAGGGGCUGAGCUCCAGACCAGUUCAGCGGAUCUUCCUGCCCGUGACCCAGGAGGGGGAGCUGGAUGCUCUGGCUGUCUGGUUCCAGCUCCACCUGGACAAGGAGAGCAGUCUGUCUACCGGACCGCAGGAGGACACCUGCUGGGAGCAAGCCAUCUACCCAGUCCACAUCACAGACGGUUUUGUCCUGAAACCUCAAGACGAGCUGAUUGUUGAAGUCUCCUGCCGGGAUUCCUUCCUCAGACUCAGCAGUGUGGCCGUGCUGAGAGACGGCCAUGAAAUCGGUCUCGACAAGCGUCUAGAUUCCCCGUGUCCAGAAAACCCCAUCUCGACACAAAACCCAGAGGCAGAGCUGUGCAGUGCACUCGCCUGCCUUCAGACUGACCAGGAUAAAACCAAAGAAUUCUCCAUGCUGGAAUGUGCAGAGAUGGCGCUCCUGAACAACCAGGAUUACCAUCGGAGUUUUUGCACCGCGUUGGGCAAACUCAUCUCUCAACUGAAGGUUCAAUACCAAACUCAAGAGCCAGGAUCAGAUGGUCAGUCAAACCCCAGUGACCUCUACGUCCUGGAUGUGUCAGAGGGCUUCUCUCUUCUCUCCCUUAUUGCCGCCAGUCACGGUCAUGUAAAAGCGUACAGCUCUGUGGAGAAGAAAAAGCAACAGGAAGUCCUAAAGAGGCUGGCCGGUUCCAAUAACAUCCCAGAGAAGCAGUUAGAGUUCUGGCUCAACCACACAGAGGAUGAGCAGGGCAUGUUGAAGCGGCCGUCCAGAGAGAAGCUGUGGAGCGCAAUCAUCCUGGACUGUGUGGAGACCUGUGGCCUCAUUAGACAGAAGCUGAUGGAGAAAGCGUCACUGGCCAGGUGUCUGCUGGAGGAAGGAGGGCGUAUUUUCCCAGAGAAGAUCGUGGUGCACGGUAUGCUGGUGGAGUCGGACACGUUGCUACUGGAAAGUGCAGUCCAGGGUCAGGAGCCAACAUUGGGAUUCAAUAUUGCUCCUUUCAUCAACCAGUUCACUGUACCUGUCCAUGUGUUUUUGGACUUUUCCACACUGGAGGGCAGGCAUCUCAGUGAGUCUGUGGAGCUAUUUGUUCUCAACCUCAUGGACGCCCAUGCAAACUACACCAACAGAGAAGUAAAGGUCCAGGUCACGGCUACUGGAAGAAUAACUGCAGUUCCCUUCUGGUACCACAUCUACCUCGACCAGGAGAUCAGUGUCAGCACCCUCAGCAACAACUCUCACUGGAAGCAGGCGGCCGCAGUGCUGCAGCAGCCGCUGGAGGUGCAAGCCGGGGACUGGGUCUGCCUCGCUGUGAAGCUACACAAGAGCACCAUCUCCAUAUCAGCCCGUAUAGAGAAUACCCCCUGAUCAAUGGAGCAAUAAACUUGUACAGUAGUCUACAACAGUAUUUUCUUUCUUUGUGUCUCAGUGGCAUAAAGGCUAUUGACACACAGGGACAUACUUCAAUACAAAGCAUUCCCUAAAAGAUUGACCUUCUACAGGGUCAUUUUUAAUUAACAUUUUUAUAAAUUGGAUCUCUAAUUAGUAGUUACGGUAAGUUGAACCCUGUUAAAAACCACACCUUUAAAGAACCUGUGCAGUGUUAUCAAAUUUUAAAUUCCAAGCUUUAAAAUUGUGCAAAAUAUCCCAGUACUUUUCAAAUGUGUACUCAUAAGUAUAUCAUAUGGGUGUAUAUAUAGUACGGACAUUACAGUGAAAUCAGUAUUGGCACACUUGCUUUUGUGAAGAUGUUUGUUAGAAUAAAUAAAAACUAU